AUGGGCAAGAUCAUCUUCUACGAGGAGCGUAACUUCCAGGGCCGCUCAUAUGAGUGCAUGAGCGACUGCUCUGACAUGUCCUCCUACCUGAGCAGGUGUCAGUCCUGCAGGGUGGAGAGCGGCUGCUUCAUGGUCUACGAGCGUCCCAACUACAUGGGGAUGCAGUUUUUCAUGAGGAGAGGGGAGUAUGCUGACAUGCAGCGCAUGAUGAGUAUGGGCAUGAUGUUUGACUCUAUUAGAUCUUGCAGAAUGAUCCCUUAUCACAGAGGCCAGUUCAGGAUGAAGAUCUACGAGAGAGAGAACUUUGGUGGUCAGAUGCACGAGCUGAUGGAUGACUGUGACAACAUCAUGGACCGUUAUCGUAUGAACGACUGUCAGUCCUGCCACGUCAUGGACGGCCACUGGCUGAUGUACGAGCAGCCUCAGUACAGAGGAAGGAUGAUGUACUUCAGACCCGGAGAGUACAGGAGCUUCAUGAAUUUGGGAAUGAGUGGAAUGAGAUUCAUGAGCAUGAGACGCAUUACUGACAUGUGCUGA